AUGGUGAAAUCAUUGAAUUUGCCAAAGGAUGAUUGCACGCUGAUUUACCGUCGCAAAUCGUCGGGCAGCUCGCCGCACGCACACGCCGCACACGCAGCGAUGCAACAGCAUGUGGCACAGCAACAUUUGCAUCUGUAUCAGCAACAUGUUGCCGAUAGUUCGAUGUAUCAGCUGUCGGAUGAUUUCGAGUGUCAUGCGGAUGGUUCGCUUCUGCUCAGAAUACCCGCGCCGCAUCCCGUGGCGCCGUCGCGCGGCUAUUCACAUCGCCUGGGGGGCAAAAAACGUGCCACCGCAUGCUCGGAGGCAACAACGCCGCUGUCCAGGGAACACCAGCAUCCGCACCAGCAACUGCACGACUUUGCCAUGGCGGAGAGCAGCGGCGGCUCGGGUGGCGGGCAUACGACCUUCACGCGGCUGGCCAAAUUGCUGCAUCAAUCAAGAUCCAAUCUGCUGCCGCCACCGCCGAUGUUGCACGGCGACAAUUUCUUUAUGGAGGCGCCACAGGGCAAUAGGAAUACGGAGCUGGGCCUGGGCGAGGAGGCGCCGCGUCGUUUGUCCUGGGAAAGGCGCAAGGACAGCAGCGCGUUGCAACGCUCGGCCAGCAUUGAUUCCUUUGCGGAGAUUGUGUUUAGCGACCUACCACGCCCCACUCUGGCCAUCCCAUGCAAUGUGGCAGCAACAGCAGCAGCAGCGCCCACACCCUUCAGCAAACGCCCCUCGGCCAGCAGCUUGUAUUCCACGUGCAGCAGCAUUGCCGCCGCAACGGCCGCCUCCGGGCAAGUGCACGCCCAGCUGAAUGUCAAUUACGGCGACCUGGCGGCACAUCCUCAGCCCGGCAAUUGCAGCAGCAGCAGCAGCGCCGCCAACAGCCGUCGCGAGAGCAUGCUCAGUCCGUCCUCAACGCGACGCAACAAGCUGACCAGAAUCAUUAAUGGUAAGUGA